AAACUGAAAGUCUACUAGGAAAAGGGAGUUGUAAUGGUUUACUAAAGCUGUUCAAAUAUAGAUGUCAACUAGGUGUUAUGCCUUGCUGGAGAACAAAAUAAGAAAAGGUGGGUUUAUGAUCCAACCUAGACCUUUAGGUGAGAGGUAAUUAAGACAUGGUUCUGAUCAUUAAACUUUAAGAAGGCUUAUUGAGGCAGCUCUUUGGAGAGUUUUUUAAAAGGUAGAUUUAAAUGUGUCAUUUCAAGAAAAGAAACUAGUAUUUCUGAUCAUCAAGAAGGAGCCCCACACUGUUUCAAUCACGUUGGCAUAUAUUCACUCACUUAAUCCUUAUAAUGACUCCAUGAGAUAAGUAUUACUGUCCCCAAUCUAUAGAUGUAAACAUUGAAAUUAAGGGUUAAGCAGUUUAUUCAAAAUAAUGUAGCUUGUGGUGAGUGGCAAAGUUAGGAUUUGAAUCCAACUGUGUGUUUCUUCCCACCAUACCAACCAGCUUCCCGUAACUGAAAACUAGAUGAUGGGCCAAAGGACCAAUGAGACUCCAGUUUCCUGAACCCAUUCAGAACAGAAACAGUAUCUUACCUGUUUUUGCCACACCUACCACAGUACCUAAUCCCUAGUAAAGGAUUUAGUAAAUAUGUUUAUAUUGAACUGGUUUGAACUUGAUCCUGUCUGAAGAGGUGAAAUUUAAACAAGACACCAAUGAAGAGGAAUCUGUCAUUCAUAUUUGGGAAGAAUGUUACAAGCAGAGGGAACAGUAGAUGGACUAUAAGACGCUUGCCCAAGAAACUGCUCAAGAAAUUUUAGGAUACAAUCAAGAUACAUCAGGCUGGAAAGUGGUUAAGACUUCACUAAUUUAUUUCUGGAUUUUUUUCCCCUUUGAGAAAAAGAUAACUGUUUCCAGCAAGGCUUCUAAAAGAUUCCAUGGAAAUCUAUAUCGUGUUGAAGGAAUAAUUCCAGAAUCAACAACUAAGCUAUCUGAGUUCCUCUACAAACCUGAAAACAGAGUUACAUGGGAUAAAUCAUUGAAAGUGUACAAUAUGGUACACAAGAUUGAUUCGGACACAUUCAUAUGUCAUACCAUUACACAAAGUUUUGCCAUGGGCUCAAUUUCCCCCCGAGACUUUAUCGACUUAGUAUACUUCAAGCACUGCGAAGGGAAUAUGGAUAUUAUCAGUUCUAACAGUGUGGAUUUUCCAGCAUACCCACCAUCGUCAAAUUACAUACGUGGUUAUAACCAUGCUUGUGGCUAUAUAUGUUCUCCUCUGAAAGAGAACCCAGCACAUUCCAAACUAGUGAUGUUUGUCCAGACAGAAAUGAAAGGAAAAUUGUCCCCAUCAAUAAUUGAAGCAACCAUGCCUUCCAACUUAAUAAGCUUCAUCCUCAAUGCAAAAGAUGGAAUAAAAGCACACAGAAUUCCAUCAGGACAUGGAUCUCAUCCUAACGGCCACUCAUCUUUCCUAAAAAAGAAAUGAGGCCACAGAAGAGCAUGCGUGGCAGUCAUUGCCACUCACCUCCAAGUCAAUGUGCAUAAAUACUGUUAAACUUUGCUAGACGGUAUCCUUGUACAAAUUACUGAAGGCACCUUGUGAAAAUAAGAACUCACAGUCGUGCAAGAGAACAGCAAUCAAUAUAGUUUUUAAUCUCAUAUAAGAAUGAUGUGAAUAACAAGUGUCCUUUAAUGUACUUUUAUCUUUUGUUUUGUUCCCCCUGGAAAAUGCCCUGCAAAAGAAUCAGUAAGAAAGCAUACACAGUCAGAGGUCAGCAUUAAUUAAAAAUUAAAAAAUAUUUUCAAUUGUUUUUUCUUGGGGCGCCUGGGUGGCUCAGUUAACCGUCUGACUUCUGCUCAUGAUCUUGUGGUCUGUGGGUUCGAGCCCCGCAUUGGGCUCUGUGCUGACAGCUCAGAGCCUGGAGCCCGCUUUGGAUUCUGUCUCUCUCUCUGUGCCCCUCCUCCACUUGCACGCUCCCUCUCAAAAAUAAAUAACCAGUUAAAAAUUUUGUUUUUUCUUCACUUACUGCUUAAAUUGAUAAUUAUUGGAGACAUGUACCUAAAAAUUGAAAAGAAUUCCAAUAGAAUGUAUAACGACUGAUAUCUAAAAUGUAAAAUUGAAUGAAUGCAUGAAUCAAUUUCUGGUUCUGGCCAAGAUGUAACAAUCCAUUCCUCCCAAAUCCUUCCCUUUAAAACUAAUAGACUGCACAUAAGCAUAGGGAGAUUCAAGCAUAGGUGAAAAGAAGGCAAACUACCUAGAAACCUAGGACUUGAGGGAUGGCAUAGUCAUUGUUGGGGUCUCCUUAUUGCCUUCCGUAUAUUCCAGUCAGGGCACUGCAGAAGCCUCCAGCCUGGAACCACCUUUGAUAUCCUUCCUGGGGUAAUGUCAGUGGGGUCCUGUGGCAAAGUGAGUAUUCCCUCCCACAUCAACUUGGCAGCAACAAGACUUAGCCAGCUAAUGCAAAGAAGGUUGGGUUACUAUUCACUUCACUGCUCUUCCCUCAUCCCCAGUGUCACCAAGACCCAGCAGGGUGCUGCACCUCCAUGCAAACCCAAUGUAUUUCAAUGGUUUCCCCUUUGUAAUGUGGCCCCCAAAAGAUAUGUUCUUGUCAAAUCCCUGAACCUUGAAUGAGACCUUAUUUGGAAAAAGGAUCUUUGCAGAUGUAAUUAAAGACCUCAAAAUGAGAUCCUCCUGGAUUAUUUAGGUGAGCCGUCAUCUAAUCAUAAGUGUCCUUACAAGAGAUACACAGAGAAGAGUUUUGCAGCCACAAGCCAAUCAAUACCUAGAGCCACCAGAAGCUGGAAGAAGUGAGGACAAUUCUCCCCCAGAGCCUUCAGAGGGAGUGUGGCCCAGGUGACACUUUGAUUUUGGGUUUCUGGUCUCCAGACUAUAAGAGAAUAAAAAACUUUGUAAAGCCACCAACUUUGUGGUAAUUUGUUAUGGUAGCCAAUGACUUCAAUCAAAAUUAACAAUGUGUGUUCUGGGAAAGAACUUGUGAAGAAAAUUAAAAGACAAGCAACAGCCUUGCAACACAUUUCUGUCAAGGACUUGUAUCUAGAAUAUGUAAAGAGCUUUCCAAAAUCAACAGUAUUAAAAAAUCCAAUUACAAAAUGGACAAAAGACAUUUCAGUAAAGAGUAUAUGUAGAUGGCAAGUAAGUCCACAAAAAGUUAUUCAACAUCACUGGCCAUUAGGUAAAUGCAAAUAACCACACUGAGUUAUCAGUACAUGCGUGUCAGAAUGGCCAAAAUUUUUAGAAAAAAUUAGUGAUUAUAUCAACUGUUAGGAUGUGGAGACACUGGACCACUCAUACACUGUGGGUGUAAAAUGGUACAGCCACUCCGGAAAAGAGUAUGGCAGUGUCUUACAAAAUGGAACGUGCUUACUAUGCAACCCAGGAAACGUACUCUUUAUCCCAGAGAAAUGCAAAUGUUCAUAAAAAAACAACAAAAA